AUGUUCAAAACUCUACCAGAAAAGGCAGCAUUUAGAGCCUUAAAGCUGACUCUGCAGCUGAUAUCCCCUCUCCAUGACAUUGUGGCAUACUUUUGCAGUUUUGCUAAACUUGGAAAUUACCCAGCACAUUGUGCAUUUCCUCUAAGUCCUGACCCAUUGAGAGGUGAUUGGGGAGGAACCGAGGGCAUUGGGUCUGGGCUUCAAGAGCUACAAAGAAUGAUUGACAGCCUCCAGGACCCCCAAGACCCUUCCCAGGUGGCCCAGGCCCUCCUCCUUCAAAGGGAGGUUCUGCUCCUGCAGUUUGAUGAUGCAGUGAGGCACCUCAUCCGGAGGACAUUUUUGGCAGCUGGAAAUAUUCCUGCCUACCAGUGUGUGACAGACGGCCUAUACCACGGGCUGCCAGCACUGAGUGACCCUCUCAAGAAGAGCAUUUUUGCUUCACAGUUCAGCCUGCCCCCGCCCCUGGACCCACGGAGCCCCCAGGCACUUAUGCUGUUCCCUUGGAGAACGCUUCUGGAAGAUGGAGGGCUGCUUCCAGUGAUGAAUAACAGUCCAGAUACCCUAGAGGAGAGCAUGCAGCUGUGCUUCUGUAGUCUGAGGGACCGUGACCUCAAGGUGGCCCAUGGAGAGCUGGUGGGC